GCGGUGGCAACGAUCUCCUUUGGUAUCUUGACUGCGUUGGCUUAAUGCAGGUUGGCGGCGACAUCGGCAAAGGCACAUUGCCCCGUGGAGUGACAAUGAUGUCCACGAACAUGGUUGAAGCACGUGGCCACUGGAAUGGUUCUGACGCUGCUACGAACACGAAAGAUCGAGCAAAAACCUCCGAACGGGCCCUUGAGUGUAAACCGUGUAUUUCAGAUCUGCCCAAACCUAAUUCCAUCAGUCAAGAGCUACAUACUCGACUGGUUGCUUUCACGACUGUGUAUGGCUUUCAAAAGCUGCACGCAAUUGUGGUGUCGUCCAACAUCGAGGAUCAACUUGCACUGUUGUUUCAAUUGUACCAACUACCGGCACUUCCGACCUUUGACAAACCCUGUCACGAUGCUUUGAAACCGUUUUACAGAUGGUCCUUCUUGGGCACCUCCGGCCUCCGCAGCGUGUGUGCCGAAAUCGCGGCCCCCUCGUCCACCGUCGACAACAUUACCCUUCUUCGCCAUAUUCUGGUGGCGGGGCUAUAUCUCACACAUGUGAAUUGUCGGCUCUCGUUGAGCGACCAGCUGCCAUCAGUCGAUGCCAUCUGCCUUGUGCUCACCGAAUGCCGGUUGCUCUACGUCAAGCAAGAUUCCCUGCAGCAUCUCGAUACCAUAUCUCUGCUCGUGUGUCGAUUUUUCCAUCACGGCAUCUUCAAAUGGCCGGAAAUGGCCUCCCCCGACACGACAUAUAUGCUCGCGUAUCCGUGGACACCAGACUCCGAAUUCAUUUGAUCUUUGAAUUCGACAAGUUGACUAUUCCUAUUGCCAA